AACGCACCACCCCCCCCCGCCCCUUCUUGUUCACCACACAACAACUCAGUCCACCGCAAUCUGCUUCCGCCAACCAACCCUUCGACAACAGACCCGGCACCACCGCUACCCACCACCUUCACCCUCACCGUCACCAAAAGCUAAACCUUCGCAAUGGCUCGUACUAAGCAAACCGCUCGCAAGUCCACCGGUGGAAAGGCUCCCCGUAAGCAGCUGGCUACUAAGGCCGCCCGCAAGUCGGCUCCCGCCUCUGGAGGUGUUAAGAAACCCCACCGUUACCGUCCCGGAACCGUCGCUCUUCGUGAGAUCCGUCGUUACCAAAAGUCCACCGAGCUCUUGAUCCGCAAGCUUCCCUUCCAGCGUCUCGUUCGUGAGAUUGCCCAAGACUUCAAGACCGACCUCCGCUUCCAAUCCUCUGCUAUCGGCGCACUGCAGGAGGCUUCUGAGGCUUACCUUGUUGGCCUCUUUGAGGACACCAACUUGGCUGCCAUCCACGCAAAACGUGUUACUAUCCAGCCCAAGGAUAUUCAGCUCGCCCGUCGUCUCCGCGGUGAACGUUCCUAAGUCAAGCCCUUCCACUCCAAGUCUCUUCGUCGUCCCUUCAAGAGUUGUGCCAGCGUUUCGAAACGCUUACAUAUAUCGGCCCUCUCAAUUCACUCCCAUAGUAGCAUACCCUCUGUUGUUGGGAGCUCUCAGCUCCCUAAGCAUUCUCUCUCUCUCGCUUUCCCUUGUAUACUAUCGAGAAAAAUGCAUCAAUGACAACAUACUUUCGUGCACAGCGCAUUCUAUCGUUUAUCUGAUCUCGCCCAAAAUCUGGUUGAUCGUGU